AUGGUGUCGAAACAGCAGGUGCUCCGCAACAUACGAAGAAAACCGCUUUCGAUUGUGGCGGGUCUCUCACUCGUGGUGAUUGUCUACCUCUUCUUUUUCGGCACGCUGUCGACUUCCACAGCGUCGGCGAGCCCAAAAUACUCGUACAAGAAGAAAUCCAAUGGGUGGUUCAAGGGAAACAAUCGGGAUUCAGUGAUUUUGCGCAACUUGCCAAACGACCACAUCAGCCACUACGACUUGAACAAGUUGGAGGCACAGGCGGCCAACGCUAAGGGCAACGAUGGUGACGUGUUGAUCUUGACUCCAAUGAGCAAGUUCUUGCCGGAGUACUGGGACAACUUGAAUAAGUUGACUUAUGACCAUAACUACAUCUCGUUGGGAUUCAUUUUCCCAAGAACUCCUGAAGGUGACCAGGCGUUGAAGCAGUUGGAAAAAGCUGUGAAGAAGACCCAAGGUGCAAAGGGUAAGUUCAAGAAGAUCACAAUUUUGAGACAAGAUACCGCCUCCUUAGCUUCGCAGAAGGAGAAGGACCGCCACGCGUUGAAAGUGCAGAAGGAGCGUCGCUCCAUGAUGUCGUUGGCCAGAAAUUCACUCUUGUUUUCCACCAUUGCUCCUACCACAUCAUGGAUUCUCUGGUUGGAUGCAGACAUUGUGGAAACGCCCGUUACGCUUCUCCAGGACUUGAUUGCCCACAAGAGACCCGUUCUCUCUGCAAACGUCUAUCAGAGAUACACUGACGAAAACGGAAAGGCUGCUAUUCGUCCUUACGACUUCAACAACUGGGUGGAGUCUGAAGAGGGCUUGAAAUUGGCAUCAGGAAUGAAGGAAGAGGAUAUUAUAGUGGAGGGUUACUCCGAGAUGGCCACUUACCGUCCGUUGAUGGCCCACUUCUACGACGAUAAGGGUUCAGUCGCUCAGGAAAUGGCUUUGGACGGUGUCGGAGGCGGAGCCGUGUUAGUUAACGCCGAUGUGCAUAGAGAUGGAGCCAUGUUCCCUCCUUUCCCAUUCUAUCACUUGAUAGAGACCGAGGGUUUCGCAAAAAUGGCCAAAAGAUUGGGUUACGAAGUGUUUGGAUUGCCUAACUACUUGGUGUACCACUACAACGAGUAA